CGUUGAAUAACGUACGAAAUGGGAUUUAAUUUUAAAAUUUGACUUUAAAAAAACUGUUCUUUUCAGCCAGUGAGUACAGUACCAACACAAUAAAAUCGAGACAGUAAGAAAUUUAAACAGUUUCGCGGUUCUUUCGACAGUUUGACGUUUGAGAUUAUAGAGAUGGGGUCGACUAGUUACUUGGGAAAACCCAAAUCUUCUGGGUAUAGAGCAAAGAGCGCUUCUAGUGUUGGAUCUGAUAAAGAGAUGAACGGGAAACUACGUAGGUCCAAAAUCCGGAGGCCAACAAGAAUGAAUGAAUAUGGCCUGAAGAGGGUGCCUGAUUAUACUGAAUUGGCCUAUAAAGAAGCUGUGUCCAAACUGAGAUACUUUCUCUCAGGGACCUACGCACCAAGUGUGCGCAGUUACGGCGGCUCUCCAUCCCUCAAGAACCUGGACGAGUCUGAUGGUGACCUGGACAAGAAGUACACGUCAUACAACACCCUGGCCGAGUACAAGCCACGCCCGCGGUUGACCGCGAAAUAUGCAACGCUGUAUGCUGACAGCUUGAAUAAUUAUACGCCUCAACAUGUUAGCUCAACGCCUAACGUGACCGUGACUUCGCCCGCGGACCCGGGCAGCGCACCGAACCCUGACGUCAUCAAUUUCAUACAGAAGCAAGAGGAGUACAUCGAGCAGUUAGAGCGAGAGAGUCAAUACUGUCGGGAUGAGCUCAACAACCUCCUGGGUAAGGUCAAAGAGGUGAUAUCGGAGAACGAACAUCUCCACGAGGCACAGAAGAACAAACUCAUUUCCAGAAUGUUCCAUUCAUACAACGCUGGCUCCGAGACUGAUGAGCUCGACGAUCUGGGCGAUAGCACGGGAUUGGACAGUGAUAACAAGGGUACUCCAAAGAGGAAGGGUGUAAAGCAGCGUUCGUCGUCAGUCCGACUCGAAGGACCAAACAUCGUGUUCGAGUCCCGCAUCGCCGAGCUGGAAGCUCAGUUGACUCAAGCGAAAAUCGACCUGAAGAAAGUGCAAGAUGAGAAUAAUGAGAACAAGCGUAAACUAGCCUCAGGUCUGGUUGACUCAACCUGCUUAGAUGGCUUCAAGCGACAAAUUGACAACUUGCAGAGAGACAAGUCAUCCUUGGAGGCUCAGAUAUCGAAGUUGAAGCUGAGCCUGGACCAGAAGGAGGGCGACCUCGACAGCCGGUAUAAGCGCUCGGAGGCGGAGCACCAGCUCAGAGAGGAGAGGAACUGCUUGGAGAUAGAGAUACGAAGACUUAAGGAUGAGCUCGGCAAGGAGAGGUCCAGGGUCCGCGAGCUGGCGAGCGAGGGCUCGCGGCGCGCCGUGCGGGAGCGCAGCGCGGCCGAGCAGCGCUACACCGCGCACUUUGACGAGCUUCAGCACGACUUGGCCGCUCAAUAUGAUAACGUGUCCAAACUACAGUUGGACUUGGAGCGUCAGAGACGUGAGGAGAACGACCUGAAACGGGAGCUGUCGAUGAAGAACGCAGCCAUUGAAGAGCUCAAGAUGGAACUCAAAAACAAAACAUCGUCGCUGCAAGCGGACCUUGCGCAGGCGCACGCGGAGAAGGCGUCGCUGGAGGAGGAGCUGGCGCGCGCGCGGCUCGCUAUUGAGCGCCUCCAGCGCCAGGCCAAGCACGACGCCAACAGGCUCAACUCGGAGAUCCAAUCUCUGCGCCAGCGUUUGGACAGAGCUGAUGCGGAUCUGGUACACUCUCGUCGGGAAAACCUGCGUCUGUCUGAGCAAAUAUCUACACUGGAGAAAGAGGUGAAUAUGAAAACUCUGACGCCAGUGACUCCAGAGAAGAAGAAAGAUCUGUCAAUGAUGAUGGAGUCGAUGGAGAACAAACACGGCUGUGCGCAGUGUCGCGGCCGAUCAGACGAACCAAUCAGAACACAGCGCGACCAUUCAAGAUCCAGAGAGGAAUUACCAUCUCGCCGUACCAAACGCCGAUCCGAAAAAGAGUCCGAUUCGUCGAAUAAGUACCCACCAAUCAUUGUUGGGCCCCUAACGACCAAUCAGGAUCUCGCAAAUGAAAAAGGAGAGAAGAUAUACAACUUGCCGUUGAUGAUUCAACAGCCCUUUUUACGGGAGAAAAAGGAGCCUAUAAAAGUUGAUAUUAGCGUGAAGUUGAUACCGAAAUCUAGAAAGAAGGAGAAGAAGAAAAAAGCGCAAGUAGAAGAGAUUAUAAUUCAAAGUUCACCAAAUAAAGGAGUAUCAAAUAGUAUUAGUAUGGAAGUCACUGACGGAGAUGUGCACGUAUUAAAAGAAACAAUGGAAGUAGUCGAAGCGGAUUGUGAUAGUCCUAAAGAAACGCAGGAAACUUAUGUGCAAGAGAAACAACCUGAUAAAGUACAGGAAAAUAUCCCGGAAGAAAAAAUGGAAGAGAAAAAUGACGAUAUUUGUAAAGUUACUGAAGAAAUUGAUGCUGAUGAUACAAACGAGUCAAUGGUUGUUGAAAAUGUCGAAGUAACUGCUCAAAACGAAUCAGAAGAAAUAAACGAUAGUAACAAUGAAAUUGUUAGUGAGCAGGUGGAAGAAAACGUAGAAGAAAACGUAGAAGAAUGAAUAGAUAAUGAUCAAAAAAGGAAUUGAUGCAUGUUGUUUACUGUAGAUUCACGUAAUUAUAUAUUUACAUUGUUAUAUUGCGAGUUACUUUACGUUGGAUACGUUAUUUUUGUCAAGUAAUUGAUUUGUUAAAGAAUUGUGAAUUUGGCAGUAAAAUAUAGUUUUUUUUUUAAAGUAAGACUUAUAAUAAAAGUAUGUGUAAUUCUAUUGUCUGCUUCUGUUAUUGUUAUAGUGUGCAAUAUCUAUUUUAUAAUAUUUUUUCCUGUUAUUUGUUUGAUUACUUAAUUACUUUUUCGUGAUUAUGCCUAUAAAUUAUUUGUAAUUUUCAAAGUGUUACUAGAGUACAAAUUAUAAUAUUGCUACCUACUCAGUGUGCUACCAAUAUUCAAAUGGGUGAUGAUAACUUUUGUGCAAUAAAUGUAGCUUCGAAAAUUGUUGUGAUAUUGAUUUUUAAAUGAUAAAUUUUUUUUUCAUUUCGUAGUAGUAUACAGAGCGAACAGAGGGGCCACCACGAAACAUAAAAUCCAUAGCACGUCAUUUUGUCCACAAGUUCUCCAUUUUUACACGGUGCUUACACGAUAUGAGAAAAAGAGACACAGCAUGUGGACGUUAGUAACGUGCUACGUAUUCGUAUGUUUCGUGGGAGGCUUUUAGGCGAUUAUAAUUGUAACAAAUUUGAAAUCUAAACACUUCUACCUGGUUUGAUUCUGUCUAAUCUUCGUACAUCUGUAUUGAGCCAAUUUUUAUUAUAAGAAGUAGUAUUCAUCAUGAAUAAAGUCUAUCCAAAUAGGAUCAACCGUAAUAUAAAUUAUAAUCGCCCAAAUCCAUUAACAUUCAUCUCAUUGGGUAUUAAGCCAACCAGAGCAACCAACCAUAGAAGUUCCCUUUUGCCAAAAAAUGGACGAUGAUCAUAACUGUAAUCAACGUAA